AAAGUUAGUGAAAACAAGAAGGAACGUUCCAGUGCAGUCUAGUGCAGGAAUAGAAAACAAGCCUAUUAUAUCAAAGGUGCCGACACCGAGUCGACCUACUAUUCUUUCUUAUACUGUGGCAUUGUUAAGUCAUGAACGCGUUCAUUGAGAUAUAACCUCAGUAGUCUCACUAGUCUUAUUAUAAAUUGUUAUUAAUGUUUUUUGGGCUUAUAUCUUCAGAAAGGCAAGAGAAAAGUAACAGUGUGAAACCUAGAGAUUAUAACGACAGUAGAUAAAUGGCAGUUGACAAAUAAAUAAAUAGAAUUUACUCGCGUUGAUGGAAGUAUCUCCAACAAAGAAGAAAGGAACAGAUGCUUAAAAAUUAUUACUCAACUGAUAAAUUGUAAAUUAAAUGCCAUGGCUAGAUUUAAGAAAUGCACGGAGAAAGAUAUAUCUGUGUUACUUGAAACGAGUUCAGAUUCAAAUGUUGAAGAUUUGGAUGAAUCCUAUGUUCCAAAAGAGAACACAGAUGAUGAUUCUUUCAGCUUUUCUGAUUCAGAGAAGACUCUGGAUAAUAACAAACGUUUCUUAUUACGAACCAAUGCAUUGCAGAAGGAACGGGUUUCAUUGCGUUUGAAGUUGAGACGUUCCACAGAACAGAGCAUGUACAAAAUAGACACUGAAUCAGAGGAUGAAAAAUAUAAGAGAUUAACUAGAAGUACAAAACGUCAUUUGAAAAAUUCGCAGGAUGAAAACCAAACGCCACGCAAGGGUGCAAGAUUUAUUAAGUUACCUGAAAGAUGGUCAGAUUACGAAUGUCGUUUCUAUAAAUCACAAGCAUCUGUUUUACAGAGAACUCAGAUUAAUUAUAAUGAGAAGAAACUACUUUUAGAUUCAUUAGAUACUUCUAAUACAAAAACACAAGAAACCAAGAAAUAUGCAAAAAUUAAAAGUGAUGAUGACAGUUCAGAUUGCGUUUGUAUUGAUUUUAUUCCAAAGACACCAUCUACAAGAUCAAAGUCAAAACUUAAACAAAAUCGUGCUUGUUCCAUAAAUGAUAUCAACGUUGAUACUACUCCUAAAAUUGACAAAACUAGAUCAAAAUAUGCAUCUCCUGCAAAUAAAGAAUCAAAAAAAGAUGAUGUAGAUGAAUCACCAAGUAACAAAAUAUAUUUUGAGACAGAUGUUUCAAAGCAAAAUUUUUCACUCAAAGAUACUCCUAAAAGAUCAAGAAUUGAGAAAAGUAGCAAAACUAUUUUAACUAUGUCUAAUAAAUGUGAAUCGAUACAUAAAGGUAAAAGUAAAAACAAAGCUGUUAAGGCGGAAGUUAUACACAAAGUUGAUAAAGAUAUAUCUCCAAUGAUUAAUCAAAGAAACGAUGAUGCAAUUGUAUCGUCGGUGGUAUGCAAUGGCUUACAUACUCCAAAGGUUCGUGCAUCAUUGAAGCAAGGUACUUUGACACCAUCUAUGAAACUAAGAACUAAUGUGAUAGCUAAACCAAUUACACCAUUGCAAGAAAUCAGAACUAGAUUGCAUGUCAGUACAGUACCUAAAUCGCUGCCUUGCCGAGAGGAAGAGUUUAAUAACAUUUAUACAUUUCUAGAAAGCAAGCUAAUGGAUAAAAGCGGAGGGAGUAUUUAUAUAAAUGGCGUCCCAGGGACAGGAAAGACUGCCACUGUAAAUGAAAUUGUAAAGUGUCUAAAGAGAUCUGUGGAAAAGGAUAAACUGGUCUAUUUUGAUUUUGUUGAGAUUAAUGGUAUGAAAUUAUCUGAGCCCAGACAGGCCUAUGUACAAAUUUUUAAGCAAUUAUCUGGUAAAACUCUGACAUGGGAACAAGCAUAUAAUGCAUUAGAAAAGAAAUUUAACAGCAAUACUAAAAGGCCAAUGACAUUGCUACUUGUAGAUGAGCUUGAUUUAUUAUGUACAAAACGACAGGAUGUAAUAUAUAAUCUGUUGGACUGGCCUACAAAAGCCUCUGCUCGAUUAGUAGUUGUUACUAUUGCUAAUACUAUGGAUCUUCCAGAAAGAGUUUUAAUGGGUAGAGUUACGUCGCGAUUAGGUCUUACCCGAGUAACUUUUGAACCAUAUAAUUAUAAACAAUUAUACGAAAUAGUAUUAACAAGACUUAAAAAUACUGAUAUCUUCGACAAUGAAAUUAUACAAUUAAUUGCACGUAAGGUGUCCGCGGUAUCGGGCGAUGCCCGCCGCGCUUUGGACAUUUGUCGCCGAGUGGCAGAAAUUACCGAAAUACGUAACAAGAGUACAGUAAGCGUUCAAGACGUAAAUGAAGCUCUGUCAGAGAUGAUAAUAAAUCCGAAAGUUCAAGCGAUAAAAUAUUGUUCAAAAUUUGAGCAAAUAUUCUUACAGGCUGUAUGUGUGGAAGUCAAACGAAUUGGUGUGGAAGAAGUGUGUUUCAUAAAUGUUUAUAAACAGUUUGACUCUUUAUGUUCCUUUGAUGGUUACAAAACCCCUAAUAUUACUCAGACACUUGACAUUUGCGCAAAAUUGGGUGAUUAUAGAUUACUGAUAUGCGAGUAUUCAGGUAGUGAUACACAUCAAAAAAUUCUAUUGAAUAUAUCGAAAGAUGAGAUGCACUAUGCAUUACAGAAAGUUGAUUCUGAUUAAAGAUAUGUAAAAUUCGAAUAAUGUCCAUAAUUUAUUACUAUAACUUAAUUUUAUUAUAUAUAGGAUUUAUGUUUCUUUACGAAUUCCGAUAUUACAAUUUAUUAAUCUCUAAUACAUAUUAAUCGCUAAUAUAAAUAUAUUUUCCUUGUAAUAUUGCAA